UGCCCUGACCGGGAAUCGAACCCCGAUCGCCUGGAUCCCAGGUCGAUGCUCAACCGCUGAGCCACGGCCGGCCGGGCUAUAUGAUAUACUUUUUAUAAGCCCAACCAAGCCUAGUCCAGUGCCUUUUAUAUAGAAAAUAUACAAAAAAUAUUUGCUGAUUAAGCAAAUAUAGAAAACACCUUACAUAUUUGAUCAUUAUAUUUCUUCUUUACAGGUAUAUACCCUAUUAUAGGUGUAUAACCCUUUAUAGGUAUAUAACCCAAAUAUCACAUUUUCAUAGAAAGGCAAAGAUAUCAUAUAAACAAAUUUGCAACUAAAUUUAUAAAGCAACACAUUAUUAUAUUAGAUUCUGUCCAUCCAAAUAGAUUUUUAAGCAAAGUUGGAUUGCUUUUGUUGUGAUUUGGCUUUAGGGCUACCCAGGCCUUGUUCUUCUCCUUUUGGGAAAGCUUUUGGAAUCUCCUGGCAGAACUCUUGGGUUAUGGACACUCAGGACAGAAAUUUUGGAUCACUUUAGUUUUUGAUAAUUUCCAUUAUUCUUUAUGCCAUAAAUUUAUGGUAACCAAAUCCUGGAAUAGUCCAAAGGUAAGAACAUUCUGUUCUCUGUUUUGCUUCCAACGCUCUAUUUGCUGGUGCUAAGCGUUUUGUGUCACAUAAAGCAGCACAUGGAAAGAUGGCAGCAGUUUGCUUUGCAAGCAAGCCACCCUCUCUCUGGCGGCAAGAUACACUGAAGCGUUCCCGUCACUCAUACCAGAUGAACCCCUCUUUCAAUUUCUUCCCAGCUGUAAUCUGAACUGCAUUUAUUAGGUCAGGACUCUCAAGGUGCACAAGGAAAGAUGCUAGAAUCCUUUCAACAUGUAAGGAUGUUGGGUCACCUGACACAACCAGUUAAACCAGUAAGAUCCCAUAAAAUGGUUAUAGCUGGAGAAGUCUAAUGAUCAGAAAGGGCUUCAAGCUGAUUUGGGGCAGAGCUUCCCAGUGAUGGGCCCAACUCUGAACAGCAUUGUGUCUUCUCUGCAGAGGAGUGGAACAUUGAUCAAUUCUUUAAUUGCUGCUUCGACUAUUGGUGGGCAACAACUGUUCUCCUCUUUCACAUUCAGAUGUCCCUGUCAGGUUGGGAAAAAUUUCUAUUACGGUUCCGCUUUCCUAGUCAUUCCUGUCUUGAUCCUUCUGGUUGCUGGCUAUGCUCUGAGGAGCCAAAUGUGGACAAUUUCCAGUGAGUACUGCUGCAGCUGUGUCCCUCCACACCGGAGAAUCGGCCUCCUGGAGCGCAAGCUGGCUUGCCUUAGGUUCUUCAGCAUCACUGGGAGGGCCCUCGUUGCUCCGCUGGCGUGGCUGGCGGCGACCCUGAUGACAGGCACCUACUAUGAAUGUGCAGCCAGCGAGUUUGUGUCUGUGGACCACUACCCAGUGUUUGACAACAUCAGUGCCAGCAAACGGGAAGAGAUCUUAGCUGGGUUUCCAUGUUGCAAAUCAGCUCCUUCUGACAUGCUCCUGGUAAGAGAUGAAGUAGCUCUUCUGCACAGAUACCAGUCACAAAUGCUGGGCUGGAUUUUGAUCACCUUGGCAACCAUCAUUACCCUGGUAUCCUGCUGUUUGGUGAGGUGCUGCUCUCCCCUCACCUCUCUGCAGCACUGCUACUGGACCAACCACCUCCGCAAUGAGAGGGAGCUCUUCGAACAAGCUGCAGAGCAGCACUCACGCCUCCUCAUCAUGCAGCGCUUAAGGAAAAUAUUUGGCUUUGUUCCUGGAAGCGAAGAUGUCAGACACGUCCGUAUUCCUUCGUGUCAGGACUGGAAAGAUAUUUCAGCACCCAGUCUCCUCUGUAUGAGUGAUGAUUUGCAAGGUCACUAUAGCUUCCUUGGAAACCAGGUGGAUGAGGCUAAUGAGGAAAGCACAUCAGGAGGUAUUGAAUUAAAACCUUGAUUAUAUAGCACCUUUUGCAACUCAGGUUGCCUAACACACUCUUUAUUCUUAUGAUGGAGUUUCAAUGUAAUUUCUUUACCUUUUACUCUCUCUUGUAAUAUGUGUUUACGUAAGUCCAUCCAAAAUGCUACUUCCCAAAUCAGUUUGUCUGAUAAUUGUGCCCAUGUCUCUUUUUGAAAUUUCAUUGAUGGUCUGGUAAUGCCUAUAUUGGUCUUAUUACAAUAUGGAAUUUGGAGUCAUAUCAGCAGUUGAAUCUUGGUUCUGUUAUUUAGUAGUUGUGCAAAAACUAAUAUUUUUGAGUGCCAUUUUGUUGUGUGCACAUAGCAGCUAUCUCAGAGAUGUGAGGAUUAAAUAUGGUAAUAUAAGCAAAGUGCACAGCACAGUCCCUUUCAUAAAAUAAGUGCUAAUAAAUGUUACCUUCUCCCUUCCUCUUUGUAUUUGGUGUCUUGUAUCACAAUUUUCCCUGUCUCUAAUUUCUGGUUUUCUUUUUUUUCUAUCUCUAUGUGCAGAAGCUUUUCAUUACUUUUUCCUCCAAGCUUACAUAUCUGACUUUUUGGAAACCAGGAUAAAAAGCCCUUUCUAAACUGGUGACAUGUAAGGGAGAAGCCCACUGAAGAAGGCUUUGAGUCAUCCUGCCAUAACCAGGGAAAGAUAAGGCAUUAUUGUAUCAUUCUUAGUAUCAUAAAUGUUAUUUAUAGCACCUCUGUACUGGGAGUAUUUUUAUAGCUAUGACAUAUAAAGCUUCCACACUGUGCUCCACUACAGAGACAUCAUCUGUGCUUUUUCAUUAUCAACUUGCACCUCUGCACUCACAAUUCAUUUGGGAAAACAAGACUGUAACCUAUGUUUGUAUAUUCAUUAUCUGGAACUCCAAAAAGGGAGACUUGCCUGACUUUUCUCUGCAUGACUUUGCACUUUUAAUAUUUGAAUUCUCUAAUUUAUCUUAUUUCUCAUAUACGUAGUGCUCUGUGCCUGGUUUUUGCCAUGUUCACUGAAGCAACAUGUUCAUUGGCCAAAAUAAGCAAAAUGAGGGGUUUUAUUUAUUUUUUUAAACCAGAACAAUGACUGUUUACUGGGCAACCAAAUGCCAAUGGCCAAGCUGACUUUCAAGAUUCACUUUCAAGGAGACCUGACAACUUGACUAUCCAAAAAUCAAUUACUUGCUAAUUUAAUUUUACACAAUCAUGGAAGAGUCUAUUUUGUGUAAAAUUAUGGGCCCCUCAAACUUAAGAGAAACAAAUAGAAAAUAAAUUUUAAAGAAACUAUUUUUUUUUAACCAAUGAGAUAUGCAUCGUGUAGCAUUUUGCUGGGAUAGGAGACCUGUCCCUCCCUCCCCACUACUUACUGGGCAACUCAGUUAGUCUUUCUGAGAUUUAAUUUUUCCAUCUAUGAAAUAGGGAUAAUGAGACCUUACCUACCGGGUGACAAGGAAAUGAGCAGAUAAAUUCUUGAGGUCCCUUCUAAAUGUAAUAAAACUUUUAUGUUUAUGUUUAUGUUUAUAUGUAUGCAGGUCAAUAUGUGUACAAUCUUCUGGAAUGGUAGUAGGCCCAGGUUGUUUCUACUGGAAGAAAAUUUGAUUCUGAGCUUUCUCUAAAGGCAUUUGCUGGCAUUCCACUUUUGAAAGAAUGUUAAGGUACUUAUCUUUUACAAGUGGCCAACGAAAGUUAUUCUACUUUGUCACCUAACUCUAUGUGUACAGUACUUAUGUGACAUUACAAGAGGGAUCUUAAAAAAAUAAAAGUAGUAUGUAAGGUAACUAGGGUCCUUGUUUGGCUCUGGUAUAAAUGAGCCAUGUAAAUAUAGGUCAUGUCCAUUUUGUUCUCCACUGGUCCCCUCCAGCUCUGAAAUCCUAUGGCUCCUUUUAUCUGAAAGAUUUUGAAAUUCCUCUAUAUUGAGACACACUAGUUAAAUCAACACAUCAUGCUCAGAACUAUUAGUUUUCAGGGAAUAUACCACUGUAAAUACUCUUCAGUAAGAUUUUCAGUUAACAGCAAAACCAAAGUGUUUUGAAGUAUGAAGUUUAAGUAUUAUAUUAUCAGAAAGAAGAUGAGUUGUUU